AUGUACACGGCCAAGCCCAAGAGCACGACCCGCGCCAAGGCGGCGCAGGAGACGGCCAAGGUCAAGGCCAAGAAGGGCCCGUCGGUCGAGGAGUGCGUCGGGAAGCGCGACUUUACGGGCGGCGCGACGAUCCUCGAGUUCAAUGUCAAGAGCGACGACACAAAGGCCGAGGACAAGCGCAUGCACUUGCUCUGGCUCGCGUACUGCUACUUCCACCUCGGGCAGUACCAACGGUCGCUCGACACGUACGACGAGGUCCGCGACCCGCCGGAUGAAGUCCCGCUCUACCGCGCGUGCUGCAUGUACUACCUCCAAAUGUACAAGGAGGCCAUGAAGGAGGCGACCAAGGGCCCGUCGAGCAACCCACUCCAGAACCGGAUUUUGUUUCACUGCGCACACAAGUUGGGCGACGAAGACAAGCUCCUCGUGUACCACCAGCAGCUCUCGCAGAGCAAGGAGGACCAGCUCUCGCUCGCCGCGAUCCACUACCUUCGCAACCACUUUCAAGAAGCGACCGACAUUUACAAGCGCCUUCUGCUCGAGAACCGAGAUGACAUCGCCCUCAACGUCUAUGUGGCCAUGUGCUACUACAAGCUCGACUACUACGACGUCUCGCUCGAGAUCAUGCAAGCGUAUCUGCAAGCGUUCCCCGACAGCGUCGUCGCCAUCAACGUCAAGGCGUGCAACCAGUUCAAGCUCUACAAUGGCAACGCGGCCAAAGACGAGCUCAAGGUGCUCACCGAGAAGGGCUACAACAUGGAGCUCAACGACCUCGUGAGCCACAACACCGUGGUGUUUGACGACGGGCAGAACGCACUGCGCGUGCUGCCGCCGCUCGUCGAGUCGUUCACCGAGGCCCGCCUCAAUCUCGUGAUCUACUACCUCAAGCACGCCAAGGUCCAAGACGCGUUCGAACUCAUCAAGGACAUUGAGCCAUCGACGCCCCAAGAGUACAUUCUCAAGGGAGUCGUGCACGCGACGCUCGGGCAGCAAACCAACUCGCGCCAGCACAUCAAGACGGCGCAGCAGUACUUUCAGCUGGUCGGGAGCUCGCCGACCGAGUGCGACACGAUCCCGGGCCGGCAGUGCAUGGCGUCGUGUUUCUACCUUCUCAAGCAGUUUGAGGACGUCAACAUCUACCUCAACUCGAUCAAGCAGUACAUGUACAACGAAGACGACUUCAACUGGAACUUUGGCAUCGCGCUCUGCAACACGGGCAGCCACGCCGAGGCCCUCGAGGCGCUCCUUCGCGUGACCAAGGACGAGUACAAGCACGACUAUUGCUACAUCUCGUGGCUCUGCCGCUGCUACAUCUUCAACGCGAAUCCGUCCAGCGCCUGGGACCUCUACCUCAAGCUCGACAACUCGGACGAGUCGUUCAACUUGCUCCAGCUCAUUGCGCACGACUGCUACAAGAUGGGCGAGUUCUUCUACGCCGCCAAGGCCUUUGACGUCCUCGAGCGCCUCGACCCGGACCCCGAGUACUGGGAAGGCAAGCGCGGCGCGUGCGUCGGCGUGUUCCAAAAGGUCGUCGCGGGCAAAGCGUCGCACGUCGAGCUGGAAGAGAUCUUUGGCAUGCUCAAGACCAACAACAACCCGCAGGUCGAGUACAUUGUGCGCAUCAUGAAGAAGUGGUGCGCCGAGAACGGCAUCGCGCUCUAA